GCGCCACCAAAGACAUGGGCAAGAUGCUGGGUGGGGAGGAGAAGGAGGACCCGGACGCAUCCAAGAAGGAGGAGGAGCGUCAGGAGGCGCUGAGGCAGCAGGAGGACGAGAGGAAGGCCAAGCACUCCCGCAUGGAGGCAGAGAGGGAAAAGGUUCGACAGACCAUCAGGGACAAGUACGGGCUGAAGAAGAAGGAGGAGAAGGAGGCGGAGGAGAAGGCAGCGAUGGAGCAGGCGUGCGAGGGCUCCCUGACCCGUCCGAAGAAGGCCAUCCCCCGAGGCUGUGGAGACGACGACGAGGAAGACGAGGAGAGCAUCCUGGACACCGUGCUCAAGUAUCUCCCCGGACCUCUACAGGACAUGUUCAAGAAGUAAAGACACAGAGAGAAACCAGUCACACCAGCCCUGAAUUCAGGGCCCAGUCUGGCCCGGGCUGUGGGGCAGCGGGAGGAGGGGGAUCUUUGUGUCGGGGACUUUGGGGAUGAAGGGAUGAAGGUCGACGAGCGGCUGGGGGACUCGACCUGACGGGGGUGUUUGUAUGGAGGAAGGGGCCGAGCAUAGAUCUGG